AUGGCCUAUCAAUCAUUGGUGGACCUUCCCUUUUUCCAGUCACGGAGCUCUCAACUGAGUUGUUUAGGUUCUGGAAUUUCAUCUCUAGUUGGGGGUUUCGAUUCGAAGGUUAUAAAAUGUGGUGCGGGUUCAUCUCUCUCGACCAGUUCAGGUUCAAGGGAGGGUGAUCGAGGGGACCCAGACUUUAGAUCUCUUCUCUAUGGCGGGAGGUUUCUUUCGUAUCAAGAGUGUGUUGGGGAGGCCAGAAAAGACGGAUUGGAUCGAGAGGCGAUGCUUAUGCCCCUACUUUAUUUAUGGGAUAUUUGA